GUUCUUGUAUGGUUCCAGUCAUUUCUUUUACGUGCUUCCGUUACAACAUUUUACGUUGUAUAGAAGAGCCCGAAAUGGUGCGGAGUUGAGCUUUUAUAUGAUCCGAAAACGACAACAUCGAUGACGCGCCGUCGUUCCUGUGAUUGCAAAAGCAGGGCACCGUAGACCAACGACCACAUCUUCUUGGGAGGCGGGAUCGGUGCAAGUAGAAGCAAGUGCGUUUCUUUCUUCUCGUCGCGGAGAUCCUUGGAAUGAUUUUCCGAGGGGCGGUCCUUGCUCACAUGAGCGCAGUCGCGCUAGUGCCGUUGGCAGGUUUGCUCGGUUCAUUCGUAGAUGCGGCGUCUCCGGGCAAGGAGAAAGUGAAGGUAUAUAGUAGGAGACUGGACCAAGAUAUUUAGUAUUACUGCUCUUUUUGCUAAAAUACUUCUGCAGUAGCAAGGUGCUAGGUGAAAUGAAUCAAAUGAAAAGCAAAAACACAAAGGAGGAAAGAGACCAGCAAUCCUAAUACCAUUCCGGUAUUUUACUUUCACGUGUGAACCGAAAUUUAGCUCGUCGGAAAGAAGCUGUCGCCGGAACUGCACCGAAAGAUUCUUCCGGAGGCGGCGGAUAUCAAAUGAAAAAAUGUCUGGGUCGGGAAGAUUCUGGGACUUGUCAUGCACGUUUUGCAUGAGCCAUGAUGUCUGUGAUGCAUGCCCUAGCAUCCCAGCUUUUUUGAGGGAUUCUUGAUGCCUAUUUCGCAUCACAAGUGCCCUCUCCGCGUACCAAAAAUUAGACUCCUUUUGCUGCCCAUGCAACACAAAUUUUUUAGACAUGCAAAUGCAGCAACACAAGUUACAAUCUUCCAGACCCAGACAUUUUUGCAUUUCAUAGCGGACGACGGUGCGCCAAAAGUGACCGCAAAGAUGCUUGUCCGGCCCCAGGGAUUGGCUGCGGCUUCGUCAUCUGGUACUUGAGUGAUUUGGCCUCGCGGUAGUUUUCUCGUCAAGUAGUUUUGCUGUUUGCAUCAGUAUCAGCAUAUUAUAUGCACCAGUGCGAGACCCAAUGGUGAAAAUUUCGAAAAGUCACUCUCUAGAACUGUCGAAAUAAGAACCAUACGACGUGAUCAAAACUAACAUCAAAGCGGCCGACGCGGCUUCUCGCGAUGUGGGCCUGCUGCUCCGGUUUUGCGCCGCGGCGAUCCUGGUGGGCGUCUUCAUAUUCGGCUGCCAUUACUUCUCCAAAUCCCAGGCCGGCACCGAGUCGGAACUACUAAUCGGCGCGGGCGCGAGCGUAGUGUCCACGACGCCGGUAAGGAAAGAACAACAGAAGGCGAGCAGAGACGAGGAGGACGAAGAAGACGCAGAGACAGCGCCGGGGACAGAAAGGAGCAAGCAGAGCAGCAGCAGUAAGGAGGUGGCCGCGUGAAGACGGAGGUGGACACGCGUAGAAGAAUCGUGGCCCUAGAAAUCCUUGUAGUUUCAGGCUUCUUUUUUGCGGAAAAUUUGCCGGUUUGCAUUGGCUGCUAAACUGGGUACCUAUCAUCAUAAGAGUUGCGCAUUUGACACCAAGUACACGCUGUGUCAAGGUCUCAACGCGUAUACUGAAUGACAACCGAUUCUCCAAGAGAUGUGAGUAUUUUUUGGUUUGAAACUAGCUACGGAUUAAACAACAUGUAAAAUGAAACUAUGGGAAGAACGAAGAUAGAAGCCAAAACGUAUUCGUGUAAAGACCAGGCACUGCAAGAACCUUGUAAAAUCUCGAAUCGUAAUAUCAUUGCAAAAGCGUUUGCAACUGUGUCAAACAUGGUAAAU